AUGAUAAUUACCGUCAUGAAGAAACAGCGAUCGAUCGAUCUCGAUGAAGAGUACGUGACAAAAUAUUGUCAUGAAUCGGGAUAUUGGGCUGGACAGUCCGAGGGUGAUUUCUCAAAUCCAUCAGGUUGGACCAAUUACUUCGUAUGCAUGCUAAUCGACUCAGAUGUUAUUGAGAAAGCACAAAGCGUGGCUCGAUCAGCAAGGAAACUGGAGUUCGUUGGGUUGGCUCUGUCGUUUCUCAGCCUCAUCAUUGCCAUAACGAUAUUCACCGCAUACAGGCGUCUUAGAGUCUUUCGAAAUCAGGUUCACGUGCAGCUGAUGCUCGCUAUCCUGCUGACAGUCGUCAUUCGUCUGAUGAUCUACAUCGAUCAGAUAUUCACGGAAAACAUUUCCCGUUCUCAGCUGUCUGACGACGGAUAUACAAUAAACACGGUGAGGUUCGUUUGCGAGUUAUUUUACGCCCUUUUGGAAUACGGUAAAACUGUAGCGUUUGCAUGGAUGUUCAUCGAAGGAUUUUAUCUUCACAACUUGGUCGUCGUACAGGUGUUUGAAGGAAAGCCAAAAUUAUGGAAAUACCUCAUAAUCGGAUGGGGUAUACCGAUAUUUCACGUGCUAAUAUGGCUCACUGUGAUUGUUGCCAAGAGAGGGGCUGCCAACGUCGAGAGGUUGCAUGCACUGCAUACUAGAAAAAGUGUACGGGCAGCCGCUAUGCUCAUUCCAUUACUGGGCAUACCAAACAUCAUGCAGACGAUACCGUUCACUCCGUCGAAGGACAAUAUUGGCCUAUUCCAAGUUUUCACUUACAUCGCGUCUUUCUUCUACAUGUUUCAAGGUUUCAUGGUUGCAGUUAUGUACUGCUUUACCAAUCGGGAGGUAAGUUCAGAGCAUCAUUGCGUUUGA